GUCUUCCGUUGAGGCGGUAUAAAAGUUCGGGGACCGAAUGCGAAACGUAUCAGUCAACCUGCAAUCAUCCACCUAUCGACCCACCCUAGAGCGAGUACAUAUUUUUCAAAUCACCGAAAUGGCUUUCAGAUGUCUAAUCCUUUGCGCAGCCGUCGCUUGCGCUAGCGCUGGAGAUAUUCUGGCACCCGCAUUCAGCACAUACGCCGCCCCCGCCCUAGCCUAUGGCGCACCUGCCAUAACGUACGCGCAGCCGUUGACUUACUCCGCCCCUGCCAUCACCUCGCAGUCCUCCAACAUUUAUCGCACCGCUGGCAAUUUAGGCCAGAUUUCAACAUAUUCGAAAUCGAUCGACACACCCUUUUCCAGUGUGCGUAAGGCCGACGUCAGGAUUUCCAAUCCCGGUUUGAGGAUCACUGCGGCCGCUCCGGCCCUGGCUUAUAGCGCGGCUCCAGUCGCACACGCGCCGCUUUUGGGCGUGGCUUAUUCGGCGGCGCCCGCCGUGUCGCACAUCACCUACGAUUCCGGCUACGCCCACUACGCUAUUUAGGACUGAUUUUC